AUGAUACAAGAGGAACUAAUGUCAGAAGAUGAUAGAGAAUGUAAAAUGUGUUUAAAUGAAAUAAUAGAUAGUAUUGAAAUGGAAGAAAUAUUUAUGAAAAAUGAUAGGUUAAUGAAUUCAGUUCUCGAGAAUCAAUCAAGUUGUGAUCACAGCUAUGUUACUCAACUCAUUAAAUUUCCUUUGAAUAAAAAUGAGGAUAAGUUUUAUUUUAAUAUGAUUGUAGUGAAAAAAGAAGAAGUUACAUCUAUUUUCAAUAGCACAUUGGAACAAUCUAAUAGUAACAAAUGGACAGAACACAGAAAAGUAAGGAUUUCUGCAACUAAAUGCCACAAAAUAAAAAUUUGUAAAAAUAUGUCAGCUGAAAAUCAACAAAAAAUUGUUGAAAUUAUUUCUAAUGAUGUGAAAUUAAUUGGUAAAGCAGCGUUAAAUACAGCAUAUGGUACACAAACUGAAAUGAUAGCUAUUGAAACAUACUGUGAAAUGUUCAACAAAAAAACAAUAAAAGCCGGACUUAUAAUUCAUUCCAAAUACCCUUGGUUAUGUGCAUCACCAGAUUCAUUGGUUUUAUCUCAAAAUGGCGAAAUAAAUAAAAUCUUGGAAAUUAAAUGCCCUAUAAGUUGCAAAAACAAACCUAUAGUGGAUGAAGACACAGGAAAUCUAAACUUAAAAUAUUUGAAGUAUGAAAAUGGAAAAGUAGUAUUAAGGUCAUCUCAUCAAUAUUAUACACAAUGCCAGAUUUUAAUGUUUGUUUCUGAGUUAAAUGAAUGUGAUUUAUUUAUAUAUAACACUAUAGAUCCAUUAUUAAUAACUAUAAAAAAAGAUGAAAAUUUUUUAAAACAAGUUCUUUUUAAAAUAGAAUGUUUUUAUUUUAAAUAUUAUUUACCAAAAUUGGCAUGUAUUAAAAAACUAAAAAUAUAA